UGUGUUGCAAGAAAGUGACAAGGAAAUACGAUGUAGCAUGAUGUACGAGUACGAGGAUUCUCUGCUUGAGGAGCUCUGUCUUUAUCUCUUUUGCAAUCUCUUCACCGAUUACUCUUAUCACUAUCUCACUUCACUUGCUCUUAAACGUUUGCAGUCUCUUCAGAACUAUACCCAUUUCUCCAUUUUUGAACCCUUUUCACUUAUAGUUCAGAGUUCGAAAUUUUUUUGCUUAAAUUCUUAAAAGACAAGAGUAUUCGUUUUUCAAACCAUUGUCAAAAUACCGAUUAUGAAACCUAGAUUUGGUGUUCUAAUGAAGCUUCGUCGAGUCUUGUUUCCCAUUUCGCCAUAUCUGUUUUCUUCUCCAAGAAAUUCGGCGUGUUUAGUCCGAACAGUGUGUUCGGGCACCACCCGUUCGACGAUUUGCCAAGCCCAAGUAGAAAGUGUAAAAGAAGAAAAGGAGGACAACCCCAAGGACUCUAAAGAAGUUUUAAGGAAUUUUGGUUGCAAUGAAGAGGAAAUAUCGAAGUUAUUUUUGCUCCGGCCUUCGUUAAAGAAUCCCGUCCUUCCGCAACUUCAAUUCAAGCUCAAUUUACUUAAGGGGUUGGGAGUUACUCCUUCUGACCUUGUGAGGAUCGUGAACUGUCGUCCUCGGAUUCUUAGUUGUCGAAUCAAUCAUCGCUUCAAUGAACGGUUUGCGUAUUUCAUGACAUUGUUCGAGUCCAAGGAAGUCCUUCUCAAAGCCAUUAUUAGGAACCCUUCUUUGCUGACAUAUGAUUUUCAGAACAUGGUCAAGCCCGUCAUAGCGGUCUACAAAGGAAUGGGACUAAGUAAGAAGGACUUGAGUGCAAUGCUUCAACUUAGGCCGACGAUAAUUCCUCGCACUUCUUUUGGCGACGAGAAGAUGGAGUACAUUCGCAAAACGGGGGUUUCACAAACCUCGAAAAUGUACAAGUAUGUCGUCACACUCAUUGGCGUGUCUCGCCUGGAAACAAUUCGGCAGAAGGUCGGGAACCUUGAGAGGUUCGGGUUCUCAGAGGAGGAGGUUUUAGAGCUCGUGGGGCGGAGUCCUCUCCUGCUGACUCUAUCGAUGGAUAAGGUUCAGAGGAACAUGACUUUGCCUGCUGAGGUGGUGCUUAAGCGUCCGAACUUGUUGUUGUCAAAUUUGGAGGCAGUGAUGAGGCCGCGGUUUCUUCUCGCGGAGAAGAUGAAGGAGAUGGGGUUGGAGCUGAGGAUCAAAGCUUGUGACAUGAUGAGGGCGUUGAGGAUGAAGGAGAAGAGGUUCCUCAAGGCGUUUGUGAUGUGUCAACGGGAGGAUGUUGCCGACGAAUUGAUGAAGUUCUAUGAGAGUGCUAAAGGGAUCAAGAGGUUGGCAGAGACCUCUAAGAAGAAUGUAAACCAAGGAUUUCCUUUCUGAUUGAAAUCUUUUGUAGUUUUGUUUUCUUCUUUGGCAAUUUGGUGGUCUAUUUGUUCUUUCUCUCCUCUUUGAGAACGUAUUUUUUCCCGUAUUUAUCUCAUGAAUUUAUCUCAUGACUAUGAGAUAAGGAAUUUUGCA